UCAGCGCGACUGUUCGAUAAAUAUAAAGAAAGGUGAAAGUAUGACCGAGAAAAAAGUGCACUGUGGUACGAAAUUUUUGAACUUUGUGAAACUUUAUUAUUCAAGUUUUAAAGCAGUGCUGUUCGUGGUGAUUUGCGUUUGAAAACCGUUGAUUUAAUAACCUUCGCGGCGCGCCUCCAAAAUGUAGGUGAAGGUAAUCCAGGCACGGGACACGAAUUUACGCGCCGUCACAAAAUGCCGUCGCAUGUGUGUUUGCGUACAUAACAUCUCUGCAAUUAGCGGCACCUUAAUUUGAUUUAAUUCACAACUUACCUCAUAGACGGGACCUUGCUUGGGGACGGUACGGGUACCACUUCCUUGUAUUUCUAGUGAUGGUCCAUUGAUGACCUUGCAAUGACCUUCCUUAUUAUACAUCAUGAGAUGGCCUUCUUUCCUCUUUCGUGCAACAGAAAGAUGAUGAAAGUAGCAGUCGUAUCAGAGUCAUUCAGUCGACGGCGUAAUGUUGAGCGAAGCGGAAUUCGAAGAUCACUUCAACCCGUCGGUGCGUUUGGUUGAAGUCGAACGCACGGAUAAUACCACAUUUGGGUUUCAUCUUACCAGAGGCAAAUGGGACCCGUAUCCGUGGGUAAGCAAAAUCGAUGGGGGAUCUGGCGCAGAAGAAGCUGGAAUGAAAGCUGGGGACUGUUUAUUGGAAGUGAACAGUGAAGAUGUCGUCGGAAGACGGAUCUCGGAGAUUGCCCAGAUUGUGAAGGUACAUCAACACGUGACCUUGUUACUUUGGAAUGCCGGAAGUGACGCACAAUGUUCCCCAGAAACACUUUGCUGUGGACCAAUGCCCAACAACUUCCAACGUCUAUCUGCAGCUACAUCAACAAUCCUUAAUCAUCUAGAAUGUCCGGUUUGUUUGGAUACUACACAACCCCCAGUGUAUCAAUGUGAUAAUGGGCACAUCAUCUGCAUGCGAUGUCGGGCAAAAUCAGAAAGAUGUCCGGUUUGUAGGAUACGUUUUGCUCGGGGCCGUUCCCUCAUUGCUGACAACGUCUAUAAUUCAAUAAUGGACGCGUUUGAGAUGAGAAACAUUUCGCAGGACAUUCGCACAGUGAAAAUCAACGAUAUCUUCAAACCUAAAGAUAAAACAUUGAACAAAACUAGUCCUGCAAUGCCUGACAUCAAAAUUACUCAACACCACGCUCAUAACAAGUUCUUGGCGCGUUUAAUUGGUAAAUCAUCAUCUGUAGAGAACCUCAGCACGAAGAGUAAUAAUAAUAAUAAUAGGAUUGUUAAUCAUUUAUCUGUUGAUUCUGAGUUUUCUACAACUUUGAAAGCAAAAAGUUUGUCUUCAAGUGAAAUAUUUCGCCCACCUGCAAGUCCAGGUAUAUCAAGGACAAGUUCAAUUAACGCUAUAAAUAAUUGUACAAGGUGUAGUUCGGUUGAUUCUAUAAUUGAUCAUACAAAUAGUGAUGACGGUGUGUUGUUUGUGUGUCCAUUUAAUACCGAAUGCAGUGUUUUAUUCAAAGCGUCGCAGAUUUAUCAACACUUUCAAUCUCUACAUGAUGGACCUUUGAUUCAAUACUUUAAACCUAAAUUGACAACGAAACUUGGUUUUGAAGGUCAAUCUACGUACCUUAUCACUUUAGAUGAGAAAUAUUUUGUGUUGAAAAUCAUUCAGGAAGCAAAUCAAAGUAUUUCUGAUUACAAUAACGUAAGGAUAUGGGCAUGGCUCUUUGGAAGUAAGAAAUUAUCAUCAGAAUAUCAACUCCUUGUAAAUUUAUUUGACAAUGAUAAUAAUCCAAUACUUAGUACUCGUAGCCCGAUUUAUUCUCUGAAUUCUGUCUCUUGGAAUGAUGUGAAAGAAUCGAAGAAGGCUGUGUUUUUAAAUGCGUCUACUUUGAAAGCAAUCAACGCAGUGGAUAUUUUUGUUGAGGCAGAAAUUUUCAAGUGUGAAGGCCACAAUCUGUAAACAUGUUAUGCGAAAUAUAAUAAUCUAUGUAAAUAGUCUAACAAAAUAUUAAUAAAUUCACUUUGCAAGUUUGCUGUGA